CGCACUACCAUGUCUACAUCCACGAUUUCUUUCCAACCAAGGCAGACCCUACCCGUCAAAGGAGAAGAUUUUACGAUGACGUGCAUCUAUUCGCCUCCUACGUAUGACCGUACGGUACAUUGGACACACGGAGGCAGCCAGGUUGCUUAUGAAUCGUGCACUUCUGCGAGUAGCUGUACAUCUGAAAUUCCCAAUCUUACAAAAUACAAGUUGAGGGGAGAUGGCCGCAGCACAUCGCUUACAAUAAUCAAUUUGACUACUGGUGACAAUGGGAGAUACACAUGCAAUGUAAUUUACCUAGAUGGCCAACGCUCAGCAAAUGACAUACUGGAAGUACUAAAUCCAGUGUCACCAUCAAGGGUCGUUAUGACUGAUACGCAAUCGGGCUGGCAAUACUUGGACAACACCAGUAUAAGUGUAACUGCUGGAGAGCCGUUUGGUAUCACAUGUGAAGCAUCUCGGGCAAGGCCUCCUGUGGUACUGCAAUGGGUGACACCUAAGGGUGUCUCCGCUGUUCAUCACGAUCAGUCGGAUGUCAUCCAUUAUGGAUCUUACAUCUCCUGGAGAACUUUGAUAAUCACAGCGUCCAGGAACGAUCACGGACAAAUUCUUAACUGCAUUACAUCACACCCAGAACUACAGAAAAAUAUUAGACGCUCAGUGAGUCUGAAUGUUCAUGUUCUGCCGGCCAGUGUGCUGCUCUUUCCGACUGGAGCAUAG